GAAGAACGCGGAAGUUUUAUAACAGUACACAUAGGAGAAGUAUGUGUACUGUUUGAUAUAAUUUAAAUUUCAAUUUAUACUCUAAAUUUAAGCGUUUAAAUUGAACCUACUUGCCACCAUGGUGAACCUUGGGCUGACUAAAGUGGACGACGCAAUAGCAGCAAAACACCCAGGGUUGCAGAGCUAUGCUGCCUGUCAGUCUCACGCCUUUAUGAAGGGAACUGGGAGCUUUGUGUUGGGUGCUGCAGGUUUCUUUGCCGUCCAGAAGGCUCUACAGAAGAAGCUCCCUUAUCCCCUUCAGUGGAAUCUGCUUAUUUCAAUAGUGGCGUCCUCGUUUUGUAGUUAUGCAGUGACUCGCUGGGAAACACAGAAAUGCUCAGACCUGUGGCUGCUUCUUGAGACAGGGAAAGUCCCGGACAGAUCACCUCCGAGACCAACCAUUUCUCAUCCAGAGGAAUCUAAAGCAGCUGAGAAGACAAAAUAUGGCGAUGUAAUGGAAUAAACCUAGUCCUUCAUCUAUGCUACCUGUUUUUCAGAAAAUAUGCAGAGAUCAGUGCAAAAACCUGCACUUUGUAUUUAUUUUACAUGGUUUCCGUCUUUCUUUCUCAUGUGCUUUAAGAAAUAAAUUGUAUUGUUUGGUUUGAGACUUUAUUGGGCUUUUGAAUUUUAUAAAAGAGUUAAAGUGGAUUAGAAAAGAACUAGAUGCACUAAACAGCAGGUCAGGAAUUAAUUUGGGUCUGUAGUAGAAAUCUGGUGUUAAGCCUGUUGAUCUGGUAUUAUAUUGUGUGGACAUGUUUGUUUGUCAUGCAACAGAAUGUGAUCCACCAGCAGCCACUGUGGGACGCAUCCAGCAGUAUGUUGGUGCUCCUGUUUUCUCGGAGGAUUUAAACCAGCUACUGAUCAGAUUUAGCUUUUAAGGACAUGAACGUCCAGUAAAAGCUGAAAUCCAACAGUUUCUUCUGAUGCUAUCAGCUGCAACAAAC